AUGAUUGAUUUUGCAAUUGAAUAUGGAUAUUCACCUCCACCCUCGGAAGAACUGGUUCUUGUUUUCCUAACUAAUAUGUUCCUUGAUACCCCGUCAGGUUAUAAUUGUAGAGCUGCACUUUUUGCCAUUAAGAAUAUGUGCAAAUUAUUCGGUUUUAGAGAUCUCACAGAGCAUUAUCAAGUGACAGAUUUAAUUAAGGGAAUGUGCAAUCUAUCACCUGUGGCACAAAGACGGAACAGAUCUCCAUGGUCUAUUGAAUUCAUAGAAAGAUGGAUCCAAUCAGGCCUUCGAUUUGUGGACUACAGGAAUUACGUUUUAUAUACAACUAUUAUGAUUAUUGAUUUGAGAACAAUGUUUCGUGGAUCAGAGUUAGGAGGUAUUAUGAAGGAAGAUAUAGAUUUCGUCACAUGUCUUGUUAUAGGUAUGAGAAUAUUGGUAAGACAUAUUAAGAACAGGAAGGAAGGACGUACUGCAUGUGUAGAGACAACUGGAAACAGUUUGUGCCCUUUGAGGUGGAUUAAUAAGUUAAUGUCUGUUCGACCAUCUGGUCCUUAUCUAUUUGCAGGAAUAGUGUUCGGAUGGAGACAACAGAUAUAUCAUAUAUUCUGA